AUGAAGGCGCACGAGGAGAAGAUGGGUGGCUCCGUCGCCGCAGACAUCAGCAAGGAAGAAUCCCAAGCCGAAAGCUUCGGGCACGGCACGGUCAAGCCGGACGACGAGGAUGUCGCUCCGGUUGCAGGCCAGCUCAAACGCCGCUUGGGAAACCGGCAGAUCCAGCUCAUCGCCAUCGGCGGGUCUAUCGGCACGGCCACCUUCGUCAGCAUCGGCACGGGACUGCUCAACGCAGGGCCGGGCGGCCUGCUGCUGGCGUAUGCGCUGCACUCGUCCAUGGUGUCCAUGGUGAAUAACUGCAUGGCCGAGAUGGCCGUCUUCAUGCCCAUCAGCGGCGCGUUUAUCCGCAUGGCGGGCCAUUGGGUCGACCCUGCCUUUGGUUUCCUCGCAGGCUGGAACUUUUUCCUCUAUGAAGCCAUCAACAUUCCCUUUGAGGUCUCGGCCAUCAAUGUUGUGCUGUCGUUCUGGCGAGAUGACAUUCCCGCUGCGGCAGUAGUGGCAGUGUGCACGGCUCUGUACUUUGCCAUCAACGUCUUUGCCGUCAAGUGGUACGGCGAAAGCGAGUUCUGGCUGGCUACCGGCAAGGUCGUCCUCAUUCUCAUCGUCUUCAGCUUCACAUUUGUCACCAUGGUCGGCGGGAACCCACAGCACGACGCCUACGGGUUCCGGUACUGGAGGGACCCGGGGGCUUUCGCCGAGUACAUUGCUAGCGGAAACCUCGGCCGCUUCGAGGGCUUCCUCUCGGCGCUCUGGAACGCCUCAUUCACCAUCGUGGGACCCGAGUACGUGUCCAUGCUGGCCGGCGAGACGAAGCUGCCGCGACGAUACCUCAAGAACGCUUUCAAGACGACGUACUUUCGCUUCACCUUUUUCUUCGUCGGUAGCGCCCUGUGCGUCGGCAUCGUGAUUCCGUAUAAUGACCCGACGUUUGUGUCCAUUCUCAACGACCCCAAUGGCAACUCUGGGUCGGCGACCGCAUCGCCGUACAUCAUCGCCAUGCAAAACAUGGGUAUCGACGUUUUGCCGCACAUCAUAACGGCGCUGCUGAUCACGAGCAUCUUCUCCUGCGGCAACGCGUUUACUUUCUACGCGACGCGCAGCCUGUACGGCCUCGCGCUCGAGUCGCAGGCUCCUGCGUUCCUCCGACGGUGCACUCCAUCUGGCGUGCCCAUCUACUGCCUGGCCGUGACCAUGAUCUUCCCCUGCCUCGCAUUCCUGAACGUGUCGGGAAGCACCGCGCGGGUCCUGUCCUGGUUCAUCAACCUCGUUACCACUUCGGGCGUCCUCAACUACACCAUCAUCGCGACGACGUACAUCUUCUUCUAUCGCGCGACCCGCGCGCAGGGCGUCGACCGCGCCACGCUCCCGUACUACGGCUACGGCCAGCCAUACUGCGCGUGGAUCGCGCUGGUGUACAUGGCGCUGAUCGUCUUCGUCAACGGCUACGCCGUGUUCCUCCCGGGCCACUGGGACGUCAAGGACUUUUUCACGCACUACACCAUGGUGCUGGUCAGCCCCGUGCUCUUCGUGGGGUGGAAGCUCGUGCACCGCACGCGCCUCGUGCGCCCGGCUGAGGCGGACUUGGUGUGGGAGAAGCCGGCGAUUGAUGCAUACGAGCGGGAGAAUGAGGAAGAUAACCCGGGCUUCUGGAGGGAGAUGUUGCAGCUUGUUGGAUGGCAAAAGGCCAAAUCGAUGCAGUCUAAUUAG